AUUUACUAAGAGCGGAUACUAAUUGACUCUGCAAGAAUAUUCAAAGGAUGAAUAGGGAAAUAAUGGUUUCUUUGGCUAAUGAGUACUUUAGAAUAUUGCUUCAAUAAAUACUGUGACCAUGACAGAGGAUGAACUAGAGGUGUUUAUUGCUGAGCAAAAGGCAAGGAUUGCUAAAGAACGCCAACAACUGCAGUCCAAAAGUCUUGAUAAGUCACAAGACUUGAGGAGAGAUGGUUUGGGUGCUUCUAGCUCCAAGGAAAACAUUCCACCCCAUCACUCAAAGAAAGAGCCACCAGCUCACUCCGAUAAGCAAGGAGAUGCAGUCACAAAUGAUCAAGGAAGGGCAUUGCCACGAGGAAGUUAUGCAAAUCUCCGAGAAAAGUUGAAUGCAGAGCGCCGAGAAGAGUACAAUAAGUUUCUAGCUCAGAAAAAAAUGCGCUCUGGGCCUCAAAAAGUUCAACCUAAAGUUGAAAAUCGGGAGGUAAAUGGUACAAACAGCCUAAGCAUUGCUGAAAGGAACUCUGCAAAACUUCAGGCUAGACGGGAGCGGAAUAAAGAAUACAAUGAUUUUCUGAAGCAGAAAGGACAAGUGCAGAGAGGCAGGCAUAGAGGGCAGUCAGAAUCUGAUGAGCAGAAAAUUCCCAAUGUGAAUGGUGUUGAUAGAGAAUCUCCAAGAGACAGUUCAUUUCACAAGGAGCAAAGUGGUAGGGGUAUUGGUGGUUCCUACGAUAAUAAACGAUCACCACGGCCUAGGCAUGCAGAUCAUCAUGACAAUUUCCAGCAAACAGAUUUUUCUUCCCAAACGCUUUCGCCUCGCAGGGAUUACAGUAGACACUAUGAUGAUGGACCACCACCUGCCCGAAAGGGAUGGGGUACACCUGUUCAUCUGGAUUAUGAUGAUAUUUUAAGAAGGAAAAGGGCAGAAGAGGCUCGAUACAGGCGAUAUGACGAUGAUUUGGAUUAUUAUGAAAGAAGGGGCAUGCGACCAUCUGUGAGUGACCCCUACUUAAAUUGGCCUGGCCCUGAUAAUCGUAGGCAUUAUAAUGAUCGCUAUGAAGAUGAACGUGAUUAUGAUAGUAGGAGAGUUAGGUUUGAUGACUAUAGAGACAGAGAAAGAGGACGCUAUAACAGGCGUGAUGACAUGUAUGAUGGCACUGAUCAAAAUUUCUAUCGUGAAGAAAGGAGUAGAACAUUGCCUGAAAUGGAAAGCAAGCAGCAAAAGGCACAUGACAAGCCAGAGGUAGUCAACACAAGGAAACCACGUCCGAAAUCUGCUGAUGAUGAAGGAUUCUUUAUUGGUCAGCGACAAAGUCUAAGUGCAUCUCAGAGAAAGAAGGAAGAAUAUCGGAAAGAAUUAGAGAAGCAGAUGAAGGAGGCCCAGGAGGCAAAACGAAGGAAUAGGGAAAUGGAAAAAUCAGAAGGGUUAACAGUAAGUGUUACUGGUCUCCAAGAUCCUGAGAAACUGCCUGAUCGUCUCAAAGCUUUACCAAAACCAGUUUCCAGACAAGCACCUUCUCAAGCAUAUCAUGCUGCACCUUCAGCAGGCAUGAAUUAUACAUCUAGGUACCAACCUUCAUUUGCUCCACAAGUGAACCAGGCAUAUAUGCCACCCCAACCAGUAGACAUCCCGGAUUUUGGUCUGGAAUCUGCAAUUCAGAAACCAAAAGCGCCAAUGUUAGAAAAACCAUUUGAACUUGGGCCGUACCAUUUACCAAACUAUAAGUCUGACUCAGUUGACCCUUACAUGUAUUAUGGAAUGCGAAACCCAAUGGAAGGAGAGCCAGGCUCUAUAUAUGGUUUCACAGGUCAACAUUUUGGUGUCGUGUCCCAACCAGGAGAUAACCCAAAAGAUAUUCUUCGUAAGAUUGAAAUUAAUGAAGUUUUACAAGAGGCUCAUUCAUCUGGAGUUCAGCAAAUCAACCCCUCUAGUAGAUCAGCAUAUGAAAUUUUCAAAGACUUUUUGGGAAAGAAAGCACAGGAGGAUUUGCCUCAUAAUGGCGUUGUUCCGCACUAUAAUGGUUACAAUGGAUAUGCAGGACCAUCUCGGUUUGAUGCUGGACAUAAUGAUCCUUCUCUGAAAGCAGACUCCUCUAGUAAAAGUUAUCCAAUUCUUGACCCAAGACCAACACAACCACUUCAAAAGACAGGCCAGUCCUCCAUUCAUAACUUUGUUGGUGAUAGUUCUAAGAGUCCUCGUAACAAGGAUAAUUUUAAAUCCUAUCAGGAAGAACUUCGAAUUCAGAUCCAAGAGAAAGAGAAACGGAAAAGAGAAGAAAAAUUAGCGCAAGAACGAUAUGACUUGAAAAUGGAGGAAGAGGCAAAGCAUUACCAGCCCUUUGGAAAGGGAGGGGGAGGUGCACCGAUGCGUGACAACAAGGGACACAUCAUUGCUGAUUUGAAACAAGUAAAGCAGAUGAAGGCAUUUGAAGGGUUAAGUAAUGAUGUGUUUGGAGGUCCUGCAUCUAACCUGAAUGCUAGUGGUGAAGUUGGUCAGCUUGGGUUGUCGCCAAGAGCUAACAUACCUGCAAUCCAGAAUCCAGCUGAGUUUGGUACAUCACUUGAUGCACCUCCUACUAAUGCUAAGGAUGAGUACAAAGAGAGUCUUAAAAAACAGAUUGAAGAGAAGAAGAGGCGGCAAGAAGAGGAAAAAGAGCAGGAACGCUUAAGAGAGGAGAAACAAGAAAGACAACUCAGGGAGCAACGAGAGAAAAUGCAGAGAGAGUUUGAAGCAGAGAAGGAAAAACAGAGACAAAAAGAGGAAAAGGCACGUCAAGAAAAUGAGGAGCUCUCAAGGAGAGCUGAAGAACGGAGAAAGGAGGAAAAAGUACGUGCAAAUGUUGAAAAUACAUCAGUAGAACAACAUAAUAGGGCUGCUGAGGUUCGCAGGGAGUCCCAAUUGCCGAGAAAUGAUUCUCCACCAAUACCAACUUUACGCAAGAAACAGGAAGAACACCAGUUGAGAAAUGACUCUCCACCAGUACCAACUUUACGCAAGAAACAGGAAGAGAACCAGUUUUCACAGCCAAAAACUGACUCACCAGUUGUUCCUUCUCUCAGCAAGAUGCUGAAAGAUAACAAGGUACCGGAAGACAAAACUCCAAGAAAAGGAAAGAAAUCUCGGGCGUUAGUACCAAGAAAUACUAAGAAAAAGCAAAAGAAAACACCAAUAGAAGAAUCCGAAUCUCCAAGGGACUCGGAUGUAAGCCCUAUUAGACCUGGAAAUCCCCCAAGAGACAGUGAUGAAAGACCUAUCAAGCCUGGAAAUGAGGAUAUGUACUUCCAUGCUGAUAGCAAGAAUGCACAAAUUGAAGACGCUGUUGUUGUCGACAUGUCUUUUGGUCAAAGCAGCCUCAUAGCAGAUAAUUAUAAUGGCCGAACAUCUCCUCCAGUACCAGCGGUGUCAACCAAAGAACGUGCUGGAGAGAAUGAACGUGAUGUCAUGAGCGCUCUUUCAACAAUGCGUAAACAGCUACAGAGUGAACAGAGGCGAGUCCAACAGGCCCUUGAAAGAGAGUAUGAUCCUUACACACAUGUUCCCAGUACUCAUACUAGCCGUCGUACAAGUCCUCAGGUCAAUGUUCUUGACCUUGAGAAGAAGAAAAUGAAGCCAGUGACUGUACGGCGCGAGUUAACAAACCAGGCAGCUGCUUAUGAUUUCAACAGUCUCAAGGAUAGAGGGUCCCAUUCGAGACAAAAGGUCAGAGAACAAUAUCCAAAUGAACCAACUACAGACAUUGCACUUGAGGCUCAACAGAGGGCACUGUUGAAACAACAACAAGAAAAACUAGACUCUAUGAGAAAAGCUUAUCAACCAUCUAAGUAUGAUAUGGCUUCACUUGAUCUUCAUCAUAUUGGAAGGGGACAUGAUUCUCCUUUGAUUCCGCUGGAGUCCUCAAGUGCUUUCAUUGGAAUUGAUUCAGGAGAAUCCAAAAUUCCAGCCGAUGAGAGGUCUUUGCCAGGAUCAGCUAGGACAAGAGAUCUGUAUGGUGAUAUAGCAAGUAUUAAUGAAGAUGCCCUUGAUAUCUUGGAGAGGAAAAACAAGGAGAGGAUUGCAGCGUUAGCAGCUAUUGAAAGUGAUGGUGUGUCCAAUGAAGACCCAGAUGAUGUAUUACAAAAGUUUAUGUUGAAAACAUCUAGGCCUAGACACAGACCGCCCUCUGGAAAAAGUGAAGACCUUAGCUUAUGGCUGCAACCUACUGGCUACUGACGAUAAAUACAUCAAACAAUAAUAGCUUUGGCUUCCCACAUACCUUGAUUCUGUAUAAAUUUGAUAUAAUGGUUGGUGGCCAUGUUCUAGGUACAGUGAUGGUACUGUAUAAUGCUGUAUUUUGGCCAUUGAGAGAAUUACAUCCCACUUCAGAAUAAAGCAGUUAUUUCUAUACUAUUCAGAAGUUGUGGACCAUUAUAAUAACAUUAUAAAUUUAUAUAGCGCCUGUUAAAAUUUAAAAAUGUUGGUCCCCGGCACUAAGGGUGGUAAAAUCUGAUAAAACAAAGUGUGAUAAAAUUGAUAUCAAAGUUAUUUUAUUUGAUGUUAUUGCACAAGCUGCUAAUGCUGUCAGAUUUUUAAAGAUAACAGGUGUACAUUCCAGGACUGUAAACUCUACUUCAGCCUUGAAAAUAACUUAUUCCAUUGGUAUUCUCUAUAUUUUUUAAGGUGAAUCCGUGGUUUUGGCUUAGAAUUAUUUGAAUGAUAAAUUAUAAUUGUCAUUUUUCAACAUAUAAUUAUGUUCAUUGUGUACAUACUUAUGUGAAGCAUGCGACAUAUUUUGGCUAACCUAUUUUUUUUAAAGUCUGAGCGACUACAGCUGUAUGUACAUAAAGCUAGUACUUUCUUUUUGUGUGCAAAUUAAUGAAUAUAGUCUUUUUAUGUAGACAUUUCCCAGACAAGUACUGUAUAAUAUUCAAUUUAUUAUAAACAAAUCGUUUUCUUAUUGCAUAGAAUCGUAAUGAUCAUAAUAUGUACAUGUCAUAAUUAUAGGCUAUAUAUGAAUAAUAGGUGUAAUAUUGAAUUAAAUUUACAUUAUUUAUAUUUGUCUACAUUUACAUACCUAGUAAAACUUAAACUGUAAGUUUAGGGUAAAGUAUCUAUAUAUUGUUGCAAAGUGUUAUCAUUGUGAGAUUUUAAAAAGGAUGUGUAAAAAAUAUGGGGUAAUAUGUAAUGCGUUUAAUGGCGCUUUCUCAAUCAAGAUUGGUAUCAUUGAUGUAAAUUUGUGACUCUUUUGUUGUUGGGUACAGGAGUGGCGCCAGGAUUUGCCAGAUGGGUUUUUGAGGGGGUAGAGGGCGAUGUUCGGAUGAGAUCAAAGUGGGUGUGGUCGGGCGUCACUCAAAAAUAUUUUCUCGGGGGAGGGAGAAAUAUUUGGGUAUAUUUUUAUUGUAAAAAAGAAGCUCACAUACAAAACAGUCUGUUGCAGUAUAUGCUGAAUUAAAAGACUGAGUAAAAUUACAAAAAAAUAAAAUUGUCAAUUAAAAAUUUACUUGAAAGCCAUCUCAACGGGGCCCUGCCCUUCCCCGGUCUCCACCGGCACCACCCCUGGCUCAGUAAUUGCCGACUGAAAUGCCCUGUUUACACUAAGACAAUAAAUACAAAGUGUGUUGUAAA